AUGGCGAAUGAUCGCAACGCCCAGAAUGUCAUCCGCAGGAAACUCGUCAUCAUCGGCGAUGGUGCUUGCGGCAAGACAAGUUUGCUGAGUGUGUUUACACUUGGUUUCUUUCCAACAAUACCGACCGUCUUUGAGAACUACGUGACAGAUUGCCGAGUGGAUGGAAAGUCAGUCCAGCUAGCUCUGUGGGAUACAGCCGGGCAGGAGGACUACGAGCGGUUACGGCCGCUAGCCUACUCCAAAGCACACGUCAUCCUGAUAGGCUUCUCGGUCGACACGCCAGAUUCACUGGAUAAUGUCAAGCACAAGUGGGUUGUUGAAGCACAAGAACGGUGUCCCGACGUACCAAUUAUACUCGUCGGCUUGAAGAAAGAUCUGCGGGACGACCCCGUUGCGAUAGAAGAAAUGCGGAAAAGGUCACAGCGCUUCGUCACUCCCACCGAUGGCGAGCACGCGGCCAAAGACAUCGGCGCCCGCAAGUAUCUCGAAUGCUCCAGUCUUAGUGGCGAGGGCGUAGACGACGUUUUUGAGGCCGCCACGAGAGCGUCGUUGCUCAUGUUUGAGAAGACGGAAGGGAAUGGAUGCUGUGUGAUAUUAUAAGGGAAAUUGGAAAAAGAAGGGACACCGCUCAGCAGCAUUCUCCUCCCAGACGACUACCGGGCAAUCCCCGGUCUUUCAGGGAAAAAGAGAGAGCCCCUUCGAGCCCGUACCCCCGGAACGGAUCAACCAGGAUAAUAAAGCGAAGAUCGUUCUUCGGGCCCGCCGUGAGCACAUCCGAUGCUAGGCUUUGUCCAUCGUUCGGCACAAAACAACCCGGAAGCGGAAGUCGGGGGGGCAAUCUAUCCAUUAAUAUGUCGGACGUUCACCGCAUAGCGAACCUCGCGAGGCACGAUCAACG